AUGGUUUCGGAGUCAAUAAAUGCCAAUCCUGUUGUCUAUGAGAAAAAGGAGCGUCAAGCUCGUAACCCACAGGGUGAUGUGGACAAAGACAUCAAAGAUCCAGAGCAUCCGUAUUCUUUGGAGGAACUGAAAGUUAUAACAGAAGAUGCAAUUGAGGUGGAUGAUAAAAGUAGCUAUGUAAGGAUCACAUUCACUCCAACAGUUGAACAUUGCAGUAUGGCAACAGUGAUUGGCCUCUGCUUGCGAGUGAAACUUAUGCGUAGUCUGCCUUCCCGUUAUAAGGUUGAUAUUAGGGUAGCUCCUGGGAGUCAUGCCACUGAAGCUGCAGUGAAUAAACAGUUGAACGAUAAAGAACGGGUAGCAGCAGCCUUGGAAAAUCCUAACCUGAUAGAUAUGCUUGACGAAUGCCUGGCUCCAUCUUAUGCAUGA